AGACUCGAAUGGAAUCGAUGAGCACAUCCGUCAUCCGCCACCAUCCGCCAUUUGCGAUAGAAAAGCCGAACGCUGUAUUGCUGUUCCGCGGCGCGAGUGACGUCGGUUUGAUUAUGUCGAGUGUAUAAAUUAUUAUUUCAAUAAAACUGUGAACAGUGUCUGCAUUUGACCGGUUAAAAUGAUUGUGAGAUUACUGAGCCUGUUGUUCGUGGGGAUUUUAGCGGUCUCGGUGCAGAACGUCGAAGGCAACAACGACAAUGAAGACGUCCCGUACCUGGAGCUGGCGGAGCCGGAGGAGGGUUACCAUGGGCUGAUCCGUGAGAACGAGACGUUGGUGGAGGUGACGCCAGCCAUACGUGCGCGCGGCCCGCUCUGCUCCUUCCUCAUCCUUAACAACAAGCAUCAUGGGGAGGCGCCUUUCGAGAUCAUGGUGAUUGACGAGAACGAGGCGCGGCUGCGCGUGCGCUACCCGCUCAACUGCGAAAAGCGACGCAACUACAAGUUUGAUAUCGCCGCAGUCGGCUGUGACGGCUCCUACUCUAACACGGUUCCUGUACAUAUAACGGUGUCGGACGUGAACGAGUUCGCGCCGGUGUUCAGCCAGGCGGCGUACGUGUGCAGCGUGGAUGAGGGCAAGAUGUACGAGGAGCUGGUUCGUGUGGAGGCCACUGAUAGAGACUGCACGCCGCACUAUGGCGAUGUCUGCAAGUAUGAGAUCCUCGACGACAACAACCAGCCCUUCACUAUUGAUAACGAAGGAGUGAUCCGCAACACGGAGCCGCUGGACUACGAGAAGUCGCACAACCACAUCCUGUCUGUGGUGGCAUACGACUGCGGCAUGAUGCAGUCCGCGCCCGUCAUGGUCACCAUCAAAGUCAACAAGCCCUGCCGCGCCGGCUGGAAGGGUCUUGCUGAGCGCGUGGACUACGCGCCGGGGUCUGGCCCGCUGGCGCUAUUCCCGGGCGCGCGGCUGGAGGCGUGCACCAGUGACGAGCGGUGCCCGGCCGUUACACGCAUCCAGGCGCUCGUCUCACUGCGAGCCUCGCGCGCCGGCGCCGCCUGCGACCGCGACACCUACUCGCUGCACUCACAGCGCACCAUAUGCGGUCUGGAUCCGAAAACUAUCGAUCUACUGCCGAGCCCCGGAGCGGGCAACGAGUGGGCAAAGUCCUUGAAACCAGAAUCAGGGCACGACGGCGAGGAGAUGUUCGAGUUCGACGGAGAGACGACAUCGGCGGUGGUGCCGGAGAGCGUACUGGGCCACUCGCUGGGCAGCAGCUUCGCCAUCUCCACCUGGCUGCGGCAUGCACCGCGCCCCGACCAGGACAAGCAUCGCAAGGAGCACGUGCUCUGCCUCGCCGACGACCACAAGAUGAACCGUCACCACUACGCACUGUUCGUGCGCAACUGCCGCCUGAUCUUGCUGCUACGGCGAGACUUCGGCGAGGGCGACCUCAACAUCUUCCGCCCCGCGGAGUGGCGGUGGAAGAUACCGGAGGUGUGUGACAACGAGUGGCAUCACUACGCGAUCAACAUUCGCUUCCCGACGGUGGAGCUGUACGUGGACGGCGAGCCCUACCGCGCGACCGACGGCAAGGGGCCCGAGGUCAUCGACGACUGGCCGCUGCACCCCGCGCACGGCAUCAACACCACGCUCGUCGUCGGCGCUUGCUGGCAAGGCACGGAGGGCGACAUGAAGCAUCACCUGCGCGGCUGGCUGGCGGGGCUGGGCGUGCUGCCUGGCGGCCAGCAGCCCGCCGCCGCGCUGCGCUGCGCCGCGCGCUGCCGGGAGGGACUCAGCCUUGCACCCGAUAUAUAUCUGAAGUCGGUGUCGGUGGAAGGCGACGGUGCAGGCGAGGUGGAGACUCUGGUGCGGCGCGUGGCGUAUGGAGACGCCCGCGCUUUCCCCACGCCCGGGAGACGCAACGUGCACCUCGACACCACAAUCACAUGUGACAACGGACGCAUCAUAAAGGCGCGACCCGCGGAGUCGUACGUGAUGGUGCUGCAGCCGCAGACGCCCAGCAUCCUGCUGAACGGCAGCGGUGACGCGGCGCGAGAUUACGCGCACUUCCGCGCCGGCCUGCGCGUCUUCGCCGACCUCAGCGUGCGCGUCGUCGCGCGCGACCAUGGCACUUUGCAUGAGACGGCGAGCCAGAAGCUGGAUUCGUGCACGGUGUCGGUGUACCCGGCGCUGAACCCCGACCACGAGGCGUUGGCGCUGCGCGGCGGCGUGCUGCCCGCCAGCGACGUGCGCGCCGCGCUCUCCCGCGAUGGCGUCUCGCUCAGCGGCGCUGACUCCGUGCACAACUACCAGAAGGUGCUGCGCUCCAUCGAGUACAGCAACAAGAAGCCGGCCUACUACCUCAACCGCGUCUUCAAGCUCACCUGCUCCGAGCUCAACGGCCGCUUCACCAGCAACGAGUACAUACAGACGUUGACUGUGGUGCAUCCCCGCGCUAGCUCAUCGGGCGAGGCGGCGCACGCGCUGCGCCCCAGCGGAUUGGCCGACAAGCUGGAUGCCGUCGCCAGGGACAAGGCUCCGCACGCGGCCGAGGGUCUGGAAGGCCUGGCGACGGCGCCGCGCGUGUUCGCCGCGCAUGCUCAGCGCAGCGCGCACGCCGCCGACCUGCCCGCGCCGCGCCUGUUGGACCUGCGCAUCGAGCACGAGCACGCGCAAACCAACCACGUGGCGCUAGUAAUGGGUGCGGUGGCGACGGGCGCGGUGGUGGCGCUGAUCGCGGUGGGCGUGGCCCGCGCCCGCGCCGCCCGCCGUCCCGCCCCCGGCCCGCGAGCCCGCCCCCUGCCCCGCCCCGAUGCCGAGAUGGCCUGGGACGACUCCGCUCUCACCAUCACCGUCAACCCCAUGGAUGAUAGUGUCGGUGCUGCGGGCGAGGAGUGCGGGCGCGCGGGCGACAGCUCGGCCGAGUCCUGCUCCGACUCCGACAGCGACAGAAACGACUCCGAGGACGAUGACGACGACGAUGGUGAACCUCUGCCGGGCAAGCAGCAUAAGUACCGCAACAUCAGCCAGCUGGAGUGGGACAACAGCACGAUGUAAUGCCCCGCCCCGGCCACGCCGCCGCCCCCGCCCCCGCCCCAAGCGGCAUGUACUUAUCCCGCCACUCCCCUCCCCGCCAUCUGCGCGGCCGUCUUAUCUCUCGUAACUCGCCCAAAUCGCCUCCGCCGUACGCUCCCCUUUGCUAUUUAACUAAAUAACGAUGUAUUUGUUCAAAUAAGACGGCCCUCUGACGUCACACUCGAAUGUUCUCGCAAACAGUUAAUGGAAUUGAUGUUUUAGUCUCUGUGGGUACAGACUCGCCGCGGUGUUGUGCAAAAGGCACUCUAUUGCGUCGCGAUAGAGUACCAACUAGCGUACUCUCAAGCUUCAGCACUUUCUCGCGGCACAAGACUUUCUAAUGUAAGAUUUGUUAGUCUCUAAAACUAAGGUCUCAAAAUUGAUCAUAUCAACUUUAUACGUAAUGAAUAAUUUCUCCCUCGCUCGCUUGUCCGGCUGCUGAGGCUCGUCCGUCUGUUUGUCUGUUUCUAGAACUUGUGACACUUUUCUAUCGUUUUUUUUCUAACGUAAGUGAAGCGAUGUAUGUUAUAAUAAAAUCUGUAGUCGUUGUAAUUUCGUAUGGAGUCGGAUAUGUAAGGUUUAGUGUUAAGAGGUCAAUCGCUCUUUGUAUAUUACUACACUAAGUGACGCUUGCGCCGGCUGCGCGCCGCCCGCCGCCCGCCGCCCGCUCUCCCCCGCCCAUAACCCUUGGACCCGCCCCCGUCUGGCGAGGCCCCGCCCACUCUGCCUCGAAGUCCCGAGGCCGCAUUUAACAAAGUACAAGACGGAUCAAAUAGAUUCGUACCCUGUACAAAAUACGUCUUCACUGGUAGUUGUAAUGUGUCGCCGGCGCGCCCCAACACUUCUAACCCUCUAUGAGCUUUUAAACAAAAAAUCGGCUUAAACGUAUUUUAGGCACAGAGUUAUUUGAAAACGUACAUAGAUGUAUAUUAUACAAGUACUAUAUUAACGAUGUCGUUUUAGGAUCAGCUAUAGAUACUAUAUAAUAAUUAUAUAUAUAUUUUGAAUGCGUUAAGAAAAUUUUUACUAACGUUUAGGUGUAAGCUACGUGUUAGUUUCGGUGACGCACACGCGCACAACGAGCGCGGCCCCCGUACGCCCGCUCCUUAGUUAAGUUUUACUGUUCCCUCACGUCGGGUGUUUCAUUGGCCGGAGGGCAGCAGCCGCGCCGCACGGGAGAGGAGGGCAUUGCGAAUGUCCUGUCUUUUCUUCCAGCUAUUCCAUCUUACAGCGACGCCCCUGUGUCGGCGGCGGCCGCGCUCUCCGUCUUGCAUAUCAUGGACUUAUUGCCAUAUUAGCGUAGAGUAACUGUAAGGCGCUCGAGUUUACACUAUCUAAGCGAUCCUUGUCGACAUAAUCACGGUGUUGUUUUACGAGCUGUUUGUCGCGGUGGCCGGCACAUCGCUCAAACGUCGCUCAAUUUGACGUCUCUGACGCUUAUGUAACGCUCAGCGAGACGAGAUGCGACAUUGAUAGCUGUCAGAGUCAAGAA